UUUGCCUCUGUUGGUACUUGUUUUGCAAGAUGGAUUUUCCUCAAGGUUUGCAAUGGCGACUCUAAGCCAUGGUUGCGAUCGCGCUGCGCAAGCGCUGUCCUUUCUCCAACGUCUCAAUUUCAGCGCCCCGGCCAAUCUGGAGCGAGCUGAGUGUCCUUCUUGCAGGAAGUGGGUGCGGCUGUACUGCGCCAGAUGUGUUCGGAGCGUAGUGGAGCUUCCAGAGCCGUUAAGCCUAACCCUACAGGUGAUGAUUCUCAGACAUCCCAAGGAGGCUGCCGCAAAGUCUUCGGCGACGCCUCUCUCCCUACUGUCACCUGACAUUCAGGUGCGCGAGUGGGGACCCCACUGCGUUGAUCAGACCUGGGAGCCUGGGACCUGGCUGGUGUUCCCCAGUGAGGACGCGACAGACGCGUCUUCAGUGGACUGGGCUGAGGUCACCGGAUUGGUGCUGGUAGAUAGCCGCUGGAAACAUGCAAAAGCAGUGGUGGAUGAUCCAAAACUCCAACUCAGAACGUUGCCAGCCAUGAAGCUUGGCCCGGAAUCUUCCGUGCGCUCGUGUUUCUGGCGUUCCGCAACUGAGAAGCUUGACUUGGAGGGCCUACUCUCUACGGCUGAGUGCUUGCACUGGCUGCUGAAGCUCCGUCAAAGAUCCCAAGGCUUAGAAGUGCGAUGUAGCGACCCCGUGCUCAACGCGCAACUCUACAGCAACCGCGCGCAUGUGCGGUUGCUGCUGCGGCAGUUUGUGGAAGCUGAAGCUUGGCAGAGAAGGCCCGGCGAUGCUGAUUUGCAGAAGCUACGAGCAGCUUGUGCUGAGAAGUUGGCAGGUCAGCAGCAGAGGCGGAGGGCACAAGAGGCUGCAGCCAACAGAGACUUCAACGCCGAUGAGGCCAUGGCGGUGCAAGACAAGGCAUGCGGCAUGCGGACAAUCGAGUCCACUCCAGAAGAUGCCAAACUCUACAGAGGCAUUGGCCGCUGCUUUCUGUUGGGGGAGCGGCAGGAGAUGCUGGACACUGGGCAGAAGCUGGUUCGAUUUGUGGGCCAGGAGCUGCCAAAGAUGCAGAAAGCCAGCCAAGAGCUGGAGAAGCGCAAAGACGACGCAGAGAAGGUGAUGGCCUCCAACCUACUAGCGACAUUUUGGCGGAUGUGA